GAACUAAUUAAUAUUUUUAUAGCGACUGUAACCGUAAAUGUAGUUGUGUGUUAAUACAACACAAACAAACUGUAAAAAAAUGGAAAUUUCCGUACAAUCCAUAAGUUCAAUAUUUGAUACAAUUUUAUUGGUUUUUAUUGUUUCCUAUUUAACAUGGCACUUCUGGAACCAGAGAUCAGCAUGGGCUCCCCCAGGACCCCGAGGACUUCCCUUCAUUGGGGCAAUCACAUCCAUACGAAAACACCCCGAGCAUGCAAUGAUGAAAUGGAACCAACAAUAUGGUCCUGUUUGUAUGGUUAGAUUUGGGUUUAAAGAUAUCCUGCUAUUGGGAAGUUACGAAGCUGCUCAUGAAGCACUGGUUAAGAAUAUGGACCUUGCUGACAGACCAUCAAAUGGCAUUGCUGUGUUUAAAGGGGGCAAGGGAAUUUUGAUGACAAAGUUUGGUUCGUAUCAUCAGGAGCAAAGAAGAUUCAGUUUAAAUAAACUUCGGGAAUAUGGAAUGGGAAGAAGAGCUCUAGAACCAACAAUCCUCCUUUAUUCGAAUGAACUUUGUGAAAGGAUUGAAAAGUUUGGGUCCAAACCUUUCUACAUAGAUAUGGAAAUAUACAAAGCUAUAUCAAGCACCAUAUGCCACAUUGUAUUUGGGCACAACGUGAUUGAAGAAAAUGAAGACUUCAAGGAAAUCAUCAACACAUUAAACAAAAAGAGCAAGCUAAAUGUCUUAUCUGGCAUCCUUGCAUUUGCUCCAUUUUUACGAUUUCUACCCGUGUUCAGCACCAUUCAUGCAAAAAGCGUGAACUUUCAGCAGACACUUCAUGCUCUAGUGAGGCAGGAGAUCAGUGAACAUGAGAAGACCCGUGAUCCAAAAGAACCUCGCGACUACAUUGACAGCUUUCUUAAUGAAAUGGAUAAAGCAAAAUCCACAAUGCAAGAGUCAGAAACUACACAGACAACUGGUGGUGAAAGUAUUGAGGGAUUCAGGGGACAGGUGGACCCAAAUUGGAAACAGUAUAGCUCUUUUACAUAUGAGCAACUUGUGGCAAUGUGUCGAGAUCUCUUCAUGGCGGGAACCGAUACAACAUCAUCAACAACUUCUUGGAUCAUUCUCUUCCUCUGUCGAUACCCGGAGGUUCAGAGGAAGAUGCAAGAAGAAGCGGAUCAAGUUCUUGGAUCAAAUGGAGAACCAAAGAUGGCACUUGCUGAGAAGAUGCCUUACACGCGAGCUGUUAUUCAGGAAAUUAACCGGAUACGCCCAAAUGUCCCACUCUCUGUACCUCACUAUUCCUCUAAGGAUACAAUGGUCAUGGGAUACAAGAUUCCAAAGGACACCAUCGUACUAACUAACAUCUGGGGAAUUCACCAUGAUGAGAAACUGUGGAAAAACCCAUACGACUUUAAUCCAGAGAGGCAUCUUGAUUCAAAUGGCAAGUUUAUUAAAUCAAGCAAAGUAAUUCAGUUUAAUAUCGGUCUCCGAAGCUGCCUUGGUCAACAGCUGGCAAACAUGGAGUUGUUCUUGGUCACAGUAUCAAUUUUCCGACAAUUUUCUUUCUCGUUUAAUCCAGGGGAUAAGAUAGACAUGGAAGGUGAGAGCGUAAUUGCUUUAAGACCUUACUCAUACAGGGUAAUUGCUGAAAAACGAAUGUAAAUAAAUUUAAGUCUUGUGAAUCUGCUUAACUAACAAUGAAAUCUUUUUAAUGGUUUUAACAAUUUUUAAUGGAAUAAUAAGUUUUUAUGCAACAUUAGUUAACAUCAAAGGUAUGCAACCUGUGCUGUUUAAUUUCAAUAAUUUGAUCGGGUAAAUAUUUUAUAACGAAUGUGUUCAUAUAGUUCCUACUAGAUCAAUGUGGGUUAUAUCAAAAUCCAGGCUAAUUAGUUAUGCAGCAAUGUUUAAAACCUUCUAAAAGUUCGUGAUUGUAGUGUUAAAAUUAGAAUACAUGUCAAGCAUAGUUUAGGAUUGGUGGUGGUGACCAUAAAACUUUAUGUAUAGAACUGCUGUAGAUUUUCACUAAGAACAUUGAUACCAAGGUUCAAUUUGGCAAACUUUUCAAUAUAUUUUUUAUGUUUUUGAUUUUAGUUAAUGCCAAUUCAAUGCAAUUUAUCCAUUGUGUGCUUUUGAACAAUAAAAUAAAGUGGUUACACUA